AUGGGGGACACGGCGCCCCCUCAAGCCCUGGGUCUCCUUGUUGGAGGAGGAGGAGGAGGCUCGAUGGCGGCGGCGGCAGCGGCGGCGCCCCCGCGGGUGCACAGCGCGAUCGUGGAGAGGCUCCGGGCGCGCAUCGCCGUUUGCCGCCAGCACCACUUGACCUGCGAGGGGCGCUACGAGCGGGGCAGGGCCGAGAGCUCGGAUCGCGAGCGGGAGAACACCUUGCAGCUUCUCAACCUUGUGCAGCACGGCCAGGCGGCCCGGAAGGGAAGCAAGCACAGCAAGGCGGCGGCGGCGGCGGCAGGGACCGCCGGAGGCAGCAGCAGCGCCGCCGCGGCGGCUUCUGCUAACGCCGCAGCGCCCCCUGCGGCCGACUACUAUCCCCAGCAGCUGAUCAGCAACGGGAGCGCUGGUGGCAGGAAUGGGAUCAACGGGGAGCAGCCCGGCGCCGUCGCUGGGGGCGAGCCCAGGAAUCCAGCCCUGAUUGCGCUCCAGGGUUCCUUGAAGAGAAAACUGGUGGUAAAUCUGACACCAGGCAAUAAUAAGAGAUCAAAUGGCAUUGCUGACAAUACUUUCCUGGAUAUUAAGAGAAUCCGAGGUGGUGAUAAUAACCUUUCCAUGGGACGUGGUCAGUGUGGUAACAAUUGCCCAAACCAGUCAGUGUUGGGAUCAUUCUCAGUUGGACAAGGCGCUCCAAGGAAAAUGGACAGCUCAACCAACAACAGUCAUUCUGGGGCAAACGGGAUGUUUAACAUGACCCUAAAAGAAGUCAAAAAGGAACCCGGGGAGACAAUUUCUUGUAGUAAGCAUAUGGAUGGUCCGACAUCCCAGAACAGUGUUUUUCCUAACAGAUAUGGAGAAGACACGGCGGAACAGUUGAUGGACCCAGAACUUCAGGAGCUGUUCAAUGAACUGAGUAAUAUUUCUGUGCCCCCCAUGAGUGAUCUUGAAUUAGAAAACAUGAUAAAUGCCACCAUCAAGCAAGACGAACCAUUUAACAUUGACAUUGGUCACCAGAUCCAGAGAGGAACCCCUGCCCAAUCCUCUUCCUUGCAGAUGGACAAAAUGGUGAUCAAACAAGAGUAUUCACCAGGAUUGAACCAGGCUUCGGUGGGAUCACCUCAGAUGAGGCCUCCUUCUACAGACUCAGCUUUCACCCUAUCUGGUGCUGCUAUGUCCACCUCAUCUCCCAUUCCUUCAGUACCUCAGACUCAGACUCCUCCCUCUCAAGGGACAUCAGUUCCCCCUCGGCCAUUGGCCAAUUGGCAAGAAGUGUCUCAUGCCCAGCAAUUGAAACAAAUAGCAGCGAACAGGCAACAGCAUGCUCUGAUUCAGCAGUGCCAGCAAAGUCAAUCGGCAACAUCCUGGCCUGGUUUGUCAUCUACAGAACCAUCUUCUGGGUCGUUUGUGCAGGAGAAGAUGUCUAGUCCAUCCUUCCACCAGCAACAACAGUUCAGUCCACAAGGUCCCGCAAUAUCUGGGAUCCCAGUCAGUGGGACUCCAUCAAAAGGAAUGAACAGUUACGCCUACCGGCCAAACUCCAUGCCCCAGGGAAGUUCUGUCAACAUGGUAAUGCCCCGAAAGUCUCAAGACAUCCCCAGAAAUUAUGUAAACAACAAUCAGGUGUCACUGGAGGAACCUCAGAACAUCAAGCCUUUGUUUCAUUUCAACUCAGAACAAGCCAACAAGCAGAUGUCUUCUGGUUUGGGAGCCCCACAUAAACCUUCUCUUGUCCACUAUGCACAGCAGCCACCCCAACAGCUGUCUAACUCAGCGGUUCAACCACAAACGUCGCAGCAGCAGCAGCAGCAGGCACAUUCUGCACAAUCUCUCCAAACUCAGCAUCUCCAAAGGCCCCCCAAUGUAUCCUUAGCUUUACAGCAAAAGAUCAUGCUCCAGAAAAUGCUACAAAAUCAGCCUGCUUCAGGACUACAGUACAUGGGCCCGCAGAAUCAGCUGAAUCAACAUACUGUCUUGGGUCAAAGUGGAGGCACCAACCCAGGAUCUGCCUCAUGCACAAAUGCAAACACUGGAACCAGCUACAUCAGCUCAUCGCCACAAACAUUGCUGAAUCAGCAGCUGAAACAACAGUUCCUCCUUCAACAGCAGCAGCAGCAGCAGCAAAUACUAUCAGAAGCAGAGAAAGCAACUUCUCAAGAUCAACUGAACAGACACCUUACAAGACCACCACCAGAUUACAAGGACCAAAGAAGGGGCCAGGUCAACGUGCAGCAAGCACACCAAUAUUCCGGUGGAUCACCGGCUGUGAGCAUCAACUCCAAUCUGUGCUUCUCCAAUCCCAUUUCCACUUCGAACAUUUUGUCACAGCAAUCAAAUCUCUUAUCCACGGCUCAUGGCCUCAGAAUGUCUUCUCUUCCAGCAGGGCACCACGUCAGCUGCUACGGGAACAUUCCCUGCAGUCAACCAAAUGCAUAUAACGUGGCAACUCCAGGAGUGAGCCAGGUUGCCCAGCAUAGAAAUCUAAACCCAAUUGUAACCAGUCAAAACAACCCUGCAGCAUCUCGGCCAACACCUCCAGGGCAAGGCAAUAACAUGCCGACCUUUGACAACGGGUUGGGAGUUAACUCCCAGCAAGGGAAACUCAGCUUGAACCAAGGGACUUCUGCCCAAAGACCUUCAAAUGUGAUGGUCAGCUCAAAUGCUGCAGCUCAGAACUGGGCUUCUUCAGAAGCAGGGUCCAAGCAACAGGAAACACAGAGGGCUUCAGGAUCCCCUUUCUCGUCUGGAAGCUCCUAUACAAAUCAGCAACUACAGCGCACAGCUGCCCUCCAGCAAUUUCCUCAGCGUGCCAUGGUGCCUCCUAACCAACUGGGCACUAUCCAGAUGAGAACCCCUGCGAGCCAAAUGAACCAAAGUCUAAAUGGACAAGUGGGCGGGGCAUCCAAACCCCAGAGUGCAAUGCCUACUCAACUGCAGGCAGAGGUUGUGGCCCACUUAAAUCCACCCAGGGUGGGGAUGACACAACCCCACCCCUUGUCAUCGAACCAGUUCUCAUCAAGUGCUACUCAAAUGUCCACCAGGGUUUUUCAAGGAACAGAUCAUGCCAGUGAUCUAGCAUUUGAUUUUCUGAACCAGCAAGCAGAUAACAUUGGGCCUGCACUCAACAGUGACCCAGACUUCAUUGAUUCUUUGUUGAAAACAGAGCCUAGUAAUGAUGAUUGGAUGAAAGACAUCAACCUUGAUGAGAUAUUAGGAGGCCAUUCCUGAGGCAGCUAACAAUUAUGAACUCCUGGUGUUUUUUUAAGGCUGAAAAGUCAGGAUAUCAGUCUUCAGUUUGUAGAAGACAAAGGUCAGGGG